GUCCCCGCGCGGGCUCCGUAGCGCGUGUGCAGGCUGACGCAGCUCGCGGGCCCUCCUCCUGCUCUGCAGCGGCGUCGGCGGAGUUUUGGGCGUUUGGGAGGGGGCAAGGGAUCGAGAGUCGAGAGAGGGAGGCGGCGGCGGCCGGGAGGAGGAGGAGGAGGAGGAGCAGGCGCCGCCAUGGCCGCCGCUAUCACCGACAUGGCCGACCUGGAGGAGCUCUCCCGCCUGAGCCCUCUGCCCCCCGGCAGCCCCGGCCCGGCGGCGCGGGGCCGGGCUGAACCCCCCGAGGAGGAGGAGGAGGAAGAAGAGGAGGAAGAGGAGGCGGAGGCCGAGGCGGUGGCGGCGCUGCUGCUGAACGGCGGCGGCGGGGGCAGCGGAGGCGGCGGCGGAGUGGGGGGCGGCGAGGCGGAGACGAUGUCGGAGCCUAGCCCCGAGAGCGCCAGCCAGGCCGGGGAGGACGAGGACGAGGAGGAAGAUGAGGAGGAGGAGGACGAGAGCAGCAGCAGCGGCGGGGGCGAAGAGGAGAGUAGCGCCGAGAGCUUGGUGGGCAGCAGCGGCGGGAGUAGCAGCGACGAGACGCGCUCGCUGAGCCCCGGCGCCGCCAGCAGCAGCAGCGGGGAUGGGGACGGCAAGGAGGGCCUGGAGGAGCCCAAGGGACCGCGGGGCAGCCAGGGCGGCGGCGGGGGCGGCAGCAGCAGCAGCAGUGUCGUCUCCAGCGGCGGCGACGAGGGCUAUGGGACCGGGGGAGGCGGAAGCAGUGCGACCUCCGGGGGCCGGCGAGGCAGCUUGGAGAUGUCGUCGGAUGGGGAACCCCUGAGCCGCAUGGACUCGGAGGACAGCAUAAGCAGUACUAUAAUGGAUGUAGACAGCACAAUUUCCAGUGGGCGUUCAACUCCAGCAAUGAUGAAUGGACAAGGAAGCACUACUUCUUCAAGCAAAAAUAUUGCCUAUAAUUGUUGUUGGGACCAGUGCCAGGCUUGCUUCAACUCUAGUCCAGAUCUGGCAGAUCACAUCCGUUCCAUUCAUGUAGAUGGUCAGCGAGGAGGGGUGUUUGUUUGCUUAUGGAAAGGUUGUAAAGUAUAUAACACUCCAUCAACCAGUCAGAGCUGGUUACAGAGGCAUAUGCUGACACACAGUGGAGACAAACCUUUUAAGUGUGUUGUUGGUGGCUGCAAUGCCAGCUUUGCUUCUCAGGGAGGGCUAGCUCGCCAUGUACCCACACACUUCAGUCAGCAGAACUCCUCAAAAGUUUCUAGCCAGCCAAAGGCCAAAGAAGAAUCUCCUUCUAAAGCUGGAAUGAACAAAAGGAGGAAAUUAAAGAACAAAAGACGACGCUCAUUACCACGGCCACAUGAUUUCUUCGAUGCACAAACACUGGAUGCGAUAAGACAUCGAGCCAUAUGCUUUAACCUCUCAGCUCAUAUAGAAAGUUUAGGGAAGGGACACAGUGUUGUUUUUCAUAGUACUGUAAUAGCUAAGAGAAAAGAGGAUUCUGGAAAGAUAAAACUUUUGCUUCAUUGGAUGCCUGAAGACAUUUUGCCUGACGUGUGGGUGAAUGAAAGUGAACGACAUCAAUUAAAAACUAAAGUAGUUCAUUUAUCAAAGCUUCCCAAAGAUACUGCCUUGCUUUUGGACCCAAACAUAUACAGAACAAUGCCGCAGAAGAGGUUGAAGAGAACUCUGAUAAGAAAAGUGUUCAAUUUGUAUUUAAGCAAACAGUGAACGACAUUUGCAAUCAACUAAAAAUUCGUCUAUCGAAUUAGGGCUGAAAAUUUCUGUUAAAGAGUGUUGCAGUAUGUCUGGUGGCUCCCUUUUCAGGACUAGGGUUUUCUCAUGGAGUACAGUAUGUUAAUAUUUACCUAUAUAACUAAUCUGUUAACGGUUUUUGAAAAACCUAUAUUUCAAAUUACUUGAGUAGUCCUCGUAUUUUAAUUUUAACCUAAAUAAGCCUCUGAUUUUUUUUUUUUUUUCUGAGGAAAGCAUUUGGUUUAUGAGUUAUUUUUCUUAAGGAAAGAAAAAUUGUAUUUUUUUUUAAAGUAUCUUCAAACUGAAUCCUUUAUGCACCAAAGUUGGUUUUGAAAAGCAAAAUAAAAUCACUUUCUUGCUUGGUGAGCAAGAAGCCAUAUGGAUUUUUUUUAACUUACAGAAAUGGAAAUAUGUGUAACUUGUUAGUAUUGUAUCAAACAAAUGUUGCAUAGAGAUAAUAGAACAUUGCCUGUAAAUAAUUCAGCAGAUUUGUAAUAUAUUUUUAUAUUAUGAAAUGUUCUGUAGAUGUUUUUCUAGAGGCAUGAAAGUUAAAUGUAUAUAUUAUGGGUAGAAAUAAUAUUGAAGGAUAUUGUAAUUCACUAGUGCUGCCAGAGGAAUUGUUAAUAAAGCACCUUCUUUAACAAUAAAUGUCUUUUGCAGACUUAAGGGACUAUGUACUACUGUUAAUAUCUAUAAGAACAAAACACAUUGAACAUCCUUCCAGAAAGUCUUUGAGGGAGGACCUAUACCCAUAAUAGAAUUAUGGCACUCAUUUCUGACAGUGACCGUGAAAUCAAUUAUUUCCUUACUGUUGGAAGGACAUAUUGUAAAGUAUGUGGUUAUAUGCAGUCAAACUGCAGAAAAUACUCCUAAUUGAGGAGUUUUCACUUUACUACAGUGAUAUAAAAACCAGCAGUUUUUACAUUAAAAUUUUUUAAAGAGAAUAGACAAAAAUAUAGAAUUAAUAAGCCUUUGGUUCCAAAAUGGGAAAGGUUCCAUGACACAUAAAUCAUUUCUCAUUUACUUUAAAAAAUUAAAAAAAUAAUAAAAAUUAUGGGAGACUUUAUUCGUUAACAAUGGGGUAAAGAGCUAUGUACAUGAAAUGAGUCAUAUAAAAUUAAAUGAAGUGCAAAUAAAAGCACUGCUACUAUGAGACAUUCUGGAAUGGUUGUUUAAUAAGGGUAUUAUUCAUAUGAUCUGUAGCAAAUGUGAUUUUAUUUUUAAAAAGAAAAGAAAAGCAGUGUGUUUUCUUACUAUUUUUUGUUUUCUUUUGCUUAAGCACUUCAUCAGUUGCUUUAUUCUGUAUCUACAAAGUAAUCUGCAAAUCUCCUUUGUUCUUUUAAGAUUUGAUUUGUUAUAAAACUGCCAAAUAGAAGUGUUCCAGAUAUAUAGUUUGUACCUGUAUUUUUUAUUUUAUUGCCUCAUGUUCUUGUAAGUCAUUCUUAAUUGACGGAUGAUUGUAGACCUUGCCUGAGUAUUUUUUCUAAUAAAACAAAGCAAAUCACACUUAGCUUCCAAAUUGUAACAAUUCAAUGCAAUUUUAAAACGACAUCUGAAAUUUAUAUCUGAUAUUUUCUUCAGGAGCACAGCAAAUAAAUUAGUUUUCUCAUUCUGUAGAAAUACUUAGAUAUCAAAACCAAAUUUCAUGGUUAUUGAUUAGCCUCUGAGUACCCAGUCAUUCAUGAUGCUCUUGCUGCUUAGCUAACUUUGUUCUGAUACUUUUUGCCACCAAAAAUAACUGUGGAAUUAAGAUGAAGUAGUUUUAUUACUUAAUGUACACACAUACGCACAUAUGCAAUUAUGAUUGGGAAGUAAGUGUGAAAAUUUUAAUUUGUAAUGUUUCAUCUGGUGAUCACUAUCCAUCUAUAUUCUUCCUACCCCUGUUGUUCACCCUACCAUAUGACAUGCUUGUAAUAUGGCACCUGAAAUAAUUAAGAAUCCAUUGUCUUUAAGCAGCAGGCAAACUGCAGCCCACGAGCAUACCAGUUCAUUUACCUGUGACUGCUUUCCCUUGUAAUGGAUAGUUGAAUAGUGACACUUUAUUGCCUGCAAUAUUUAUUGCCUAAAAUACUUACCAUCUGACUUCUUAAGGAAAAAUUUGCCAAUCCCUGGAUAUAGUUGAUAAUGUUUUUGGAAAAAUAAACCUAGACUGCACAACUCUUUUUUUAACAUGACAGUGUUAUUUUGGUAAUAAGCCAGCACAUACAAGUUUCAGUGAAGUUGUUUAGUAUAUGUUAGAGUAAAUAUUGCCAUUAUUAGGUACAUGCAACAAAUGUUUUUUUUAAAACCUUUACAUUGAAUUUCUUAAUAGUUAUUAACAUUUCACCAUUUGUGUUUUUGUAUUUUGUUUUACUAAAUAGAACUAAAUGAGAUUUUGUAAAUCAGAUCAUGUUUAAACCAUAAGGCACAUCUGCUCUAUCUAGAAGAAUCUUGGAAGUGGAAAAUAUUGUAAAAUUUAAAGUUGUUUAUUUUUCUAAUAAACUUUUUCAUAUAUAAAUCUUCCCUAAAGUGGACACACAUUACCUCUGAAUUUCAUAUGAAAGGAAAUUAAGAUGGACAGUAAUCGUCUCUUCAUGCAUAUUUUAAGAUUGUUUUACUGUCAUUGAAAGAGCAUUGAUAAUCAUGUCAGUAAACUUUUGUGAAACUUUUUUCCCUUUCACACCUUAAUAAAAUGUUUUAUAUAUGCACG